AUGGACUCACCCAAAUCAUCUGUACUGAAGUGCACAGAGAGAGGAUGCUUCUCUUCUCAAGCAUUCUUUCGGACCGUUGCUGCCAUCUCCAUUCUCCUGCUAAGUGGCUGUUUUAUCAUCAGAUGUGUGGUGAUUUAUCGUGUUUUUCUUACCUGUGAUGCGAGAAAGAUCCAGCCACAUGAAAACAUCACACAGCUGUCCUGCUACAAUGAUGGAUUAGGUUCAGUCAAGAACUGCUGUCCGUUGAACUGGAAAUAUUUUCAGUCCAGCUGCUACUUCUUUUCUACUGACACCAUGCCCUGGGUAUCAAGUUCAAAAAGCUGUUCAAAUGUGGGCGCCCACCUGGUGGUCAUCAACACACAGGAGGAGCAGGAAUUCCUUGCCCACACAAAACCUAGAAAGAAAGAGUUUUUCAUUGGGCUGACGGACCAGGUGACUGAGGGUCAGUGGCAAUGGGUAGACGGCACACCUUUUAUGGAAUCGCUGAGCUUCUGGGAUGUAGGGGAACCCAACAACAUAGUUACCCUGGAGGAUUGUGCCACCAUAAGGGAUUCUGCAAAUCCAAAGAAAAACUGGAAUGAUGUACCAUGUUUCUUCAAUAUGUUUCGUAUUUGUGAAAUGCCACAAAUAAAUAACUUGAACAAAGGAAAUCUCUAA